GACGGCGACGACUCAUCGCUGCGGCGGAGGACGAAUGGCCGCUAUGGGCGGCACUCCGAGCCCGGCUAAGCGGCCCCGCCACUCUGACGACUCCGCCUCUGGCGGCGGCUCCGAUUCUGACUCUGAUGGGGACCUCGUCAGUGACCUCAGGGAGAUCGUGUGCCUGCUUCGGCUUAUCAAGGGCGGGGCCAACAAGGACGGGCAGAAGAUCUGUGAGCAGAUCGUUGUCAGUGUGGCAGCAGAUAUUCAGACUAUGCUAGAAGAAACCCAGCUGAAAUUUGAGGAGGAAAGACAGAAUUUGCUAAAAGUACUGUCUAACGCUUCCAAAGAGCAGUGUGAGAGUUCACUGAACGAAGAGUACGGCAAGUUUCAGGAAACAUAUGACACGUUCUGUAAAGAAAAGGAUGCUCACAUGCAGACUUUCAGAGACCUGUUCUCCAAAGUUGAAGUUGAGAAGAAGAAAUUGCUUGAGAAGUACGAACAUUAUAGGAAGGCGGAGACCAACACAUUAUCGGAACUUGACAAAACAUUCUCAGAGAAGGUAACACGUGCGGAACAAUCUGUCAGAAGGGUGAAGCAGGAUGACAAGUCAUUUAUCAUCUUUCGCAAGUCUAUUGGCUCGUCUCUUGAGUGUGGCUCUGAUGAUGAUUUUGACCUUGAUGAGUGACACAGCUAAUGAUAAUCCAUAUACUAGAUAGACGGAAGCUCUUCAUUCUUUCUUGGCCUUUCCUUUCCUUUUUUUUUACCUGGUGGACUUUGUAGUAUACCAUUUUUUUUAUUAUACUUUACUAGCUCAUUGUAUUAGCCUUUUCCAAGAUGAGUUUGCUCGCAAUCCUGAAUUUGGUAUCGAGCUGGCUGGAUAUGUGCAGAUAUAUCGUGUUAUUGUUUCCACUUUGAAAGCAGAAUUCAGAAAUAUUAUCACUCUGGAAAUUAUUAUUUCUUAUUGUUCAAUGACAUCAUUAUAAGAAACAAAA